UCUUACACUAAUGUUCCUUGGAAGGGUCAACACUCUACAUCCCAUACAAAUAGUUUCCGUUGAAAUCUUAUUCUAUCUUUCUGCCCUUAUACAUCUUUAAAAUUCAUCAUACAUGCUAUACUUUUUCGAUAUUAUUUCUUUUAACUUGGUAGGCUUGUGUUUGGUUGUAUCUGUGGCUAUGCACCAUGUACUAUUCUCCGUUAAAAAAAUUCCAAUGGUUCCUCUUCUUGUCAUAGAUUUGGUUUUCAAAUUCUUUGUGUACAUCUGCGCACUGCUUACUGUUGAUGCUAGAUUGAAAUUAUUUAAGUGAUAGAAUCUCUAUUUUCUUUUUGUCUUUUGUCGUUUCUUUCUUCUAGGGAAUUCUUUCAGAAUCAUUGGGGGAAGAUACCAAUUAUCACAUAUGUUCACUGAUGGAAGGGGCUGACUCUAGUAGAACUGGUAUUCAUGGGGGUAGUAAUGAUGAACAUCUCAUGGGUGAUGAAGAUGGGGACAGAUCGCUGGCUUCUGUUGAGGAUCAAUUACACAAAGAAAUGACUUUUUAUGAGAGGUUUGGAACACAAGUCUGAUCGAUAAACAGACGUGAUCAUGUGGAGUAUUGAGCGAAAUUUUGUGAUAACUACAACCAUCAUGAGCUGCAUUACAUGAGAUGGUGGGAAAAUAACUUCAGAUACUUUAUACAAGGUCUGGCUUCACAGGAUGAUUGGAGUUUUAAAAAGUUUCUAGAAAUCUGCAUCCAGGAUUAAAGGGAAUAGGUAUUUAGCUCAAAUAUCAAGCACUGACAACACCAUCGAUCCAGUACUAUUAACUGAGCCCUUCCCUUAUACCUGGAUAAGCUCGUCAAUCAGUAUCUGGUGCUUUCAGUAACCUUUGUUCUAUUCUUUGCAGAGGCAGAUUCUUGAAGAUGAACCUACUCCAUUGAGUACCCUUGUAGUCUUGUUGAUAUGCCCGUCGAGUUACACAAUCUAUCAAUUUGAUCAUCUCCGACAAGAUCCACCACAAAACUUGCUAAUUACUAAGGGGUUGUUGAAUUGAUCAAGAUCACCUUUAUGGAAAUCAAUGAUGGUAAUUAAGGUAAUCAAGAAUUUGGCUACUACGUGAUGAGGUUCAUGUACGAGAUAGUCACAUGUUGCUCGGAAGUUGAGGUUCUCGAGAAGAUUAAUGUUGAUGUUGAUAUGAGAUCCCUCCUGGAAUUGACUUUUAACGUCGUCAAAGAUAUGCAUACGAAAGUAGAGGGUCUGGUACAAAUUUUUGGAAUGACUUACUCCAACAAUAAUCCCGAUACUGCGACACUUUCCACAUGGCAUGGGGGGAGAUCACCAUUACCCCCUUUGAGUUUGCUAUGAUUACGGGUCUUCCUUUUUCUGAGAGGAAUGCGACCUUUGAUCCGGAACUGACGUGGCGCUCGGCCGCUGCCAGGGCCUUGCUUGGCCCUGUUGUUGACUUGUCAGAGGACGACACCCAUGCUUCCGUGACGGUGAUUGUGGAGGCUAUCUGCGGUGUGGGUGUGUCUGCGGAGCAGAGGGUUAGGCUCUUCCUCCUAGUUUUGGUGAGCAGAGUGAUGGCCCCGAGCAGGAACAGUCGGGUGCACAUUAGAUUCCUGUCCGUUCUGCGGGACUUGAGGGCUGUUUCGAGCUACAAGUGGGGUGGUUUGGCAUAUAGCCACCUCUUGUAUGAGAUGAAGCAGGCCUCCCGGACUGCGCCAGGGAGCGACCCGAGCAUGGCUGCUCUGUGGAGUGUGCUGGAGAUUUGGAUAUAUGAGCACUUUCUGACUUUGGCGCCGGAUCGUACUGGAGAUGCAGCUUACCCGUAUGCUGCCUCUUGGAUAGGAGCGGUGCGCAGGAGGGUGCCUCUGGCGGCCUCCCGCAGAGCUUGGAGAGUCCUACCUGCUGAUGAGGUGGUAUGGCGUCCUUUUGCCAACGCGCUUGUACCUGCCUCGGCUGCUCGUGCCCAUUUCUUGUCUGGGCGGCGGGUUUCGCUUCCAGGGGUGUACCGCCACAUGUGGUAUCUAGGGGAGCGAGUGUCCCUUCAGCAUAAUUCGAGGAAUAGACUUGUCCCCAAGGACCCACCGGAGUCCAUGCUGGCGUCGGAUGAAGAGCUUGCCCGGCUCUAUGCGGAUGCUAAGGGCGAUGCUGUUUGCCGUUCUUGGAGGGAUUUUGUACACAGGAAGGGUAGCUAUGAUGACUUCCUGAGGAGGCUGGCUCCACCAGUACGAAGCGUACUGCCGGAGGAGGAGGUUGAUCCUGAGGACAUUCCCCAUGCUGAUAGGAUCCUCCGCUAUGAGAACUCGGACGGGGAACAGGUGGAGGAGACCAUCCCUGUAGCUUCUCUCGGAACCGGAAAUGAUAUGGUGUUGUACCUGAGCACUAUGCUGCUGCGCCUCGGGCGAGAGUGCGGCGCUGGAUGCUCUUGCUUGAUUCCUGGAAGAGGCAUUGUGCCAAGCUUACCCGGAAACUUUUUGGCCGGGACAGAGAGGAGCGUCGUCGAGACCGUAGAGGUUCCGUUGAUAGGGAGCCCCAGGUGGAGACGUCCUUGAGGCAGGAGGGACCGGGCUUGGAGCUGGGACAGGGGUCCGGUGCCGGUGCUCAUCAGAGGCAUUCUGAUGCUGAGCGGGAAGCUUCCCCUUUUGUACAUGUUGAUCCUACCAGGCAUUCGUUUGGAGGUGCAGGCAGUUCACGGCCCUUUGUUUCUUCCUCUGGUUACUACUUCGGAGGGAGUGGUCCUCAGCCUUGGGGUGCAGAUUCAUGGGAUUAAUAUGCGGAUAUGAAGAGGAUGCGCCAGGCUCAGAUGUUUGCGCUGUACCAGUAUAUGGCGAUGCCGCCGCCUUAUCAAUAUUCCUCUCCUCAGCAGGGAGUUCAUCCCUCUCCUGGCACAUUUCGUAUCUCGGAGCAGGAUCCUAGUACCCCUGGGACGGAGCUGGAUCAGGAUCUGGAGCGCCUUAGGAGGCGGAACAGGGACAAGGCGUCUGUGGUUGAUAUCACUGUUGAUGAUGACUCAGAUUGACCCUGUAUGGUAGCGAGUUCCAGCUUGCCUGGGUUGAUUUUGUAUAGGCUGGAUUGUAUUGUAUUUGUAUGGAUUUGAAACUUGAAUUUUUGUAUGGUUGUAUGGCUUUGAAUUUUGAUUGGUUUGAAAUUUUUUUGAAGAUUGGCUUUUGUAUGCUUGU